GCCAAAAUUUUAAUUUUCCAUUAAAAAUGGCUUAUAUUUUUUUUUUCGCUAGAUUUGCGCAAAUUGCGCGAUUAAAUUUUUUUGAUACUUGACACAGCCUAGCACCAUUUAUUGCUGUUAAAUAAAGGCGUCCCCAGCAGAAUGGCAUUUCUUUGCUACUGCGCAUGGGAAAAGUGCUUGCGAUGGAAUAAGGGAACUGUGAAACGCUUGGCUGCACGGGCCAGUUUACAACGACCUUAUGAAAAUCAAAUAAAAUUUCUUUGCCAUUUCUUCAAAUUCGCUGAGGAAAAUAUAAAAAAUAUUCAUUUUUCUUAUUCCAAUCAUGAAGAAUAACAAGAAGAGAAAGAAUUUUUAAAAGGUUUUCAAAAGCUCAUUCCUGAAACCAAAAAAUUCAUGGAGUUUAUCCUGUUCACAAAUAAUUACGAAAAAAUAUUCCAGUGCUGUUCAAACCACACUACAAAAUAUUUAAAAUAGAGUAGGGGAGAAUACCAAUGGUAUAAAAGGGUAUGUAACUUGUUCUUAUGAUAAUGAAUGGUGGGUGGCCAAUAUACCGAUUAUUAGUCCUGAUGAGGUAAACGUAAAGGUAAUAUUUUUACAGCCUAAUGGACCUUCUAAUUCCUUUUAUUUUCCUUCAAUACCUGAUAUUUUUAUUCUUCCAAAAAAUGAUAUCCCUGUCGUCAACCUUUUGACCACUACAGGAAGAACUUAUAAUUUAAUUCGUGAAGAAUCCGAAAUGGCCAUAUACAAAUUAAAUUUAAGGAAAUCAAUAUAACUAAGCUUCUAUAUUAUAAGAAACCAGAAAUCGGCCUAAAGUUACUUAUGCAGGAAGGUUUUUUAGAAAAUGAUCCUUCGAAAAUUGCAGUCUUUUUAUUAAAUCGUAAGGGAUUAUCUAAACAAAAGGUUGGAGAAUAUUUAGGAAAUAUUCAAGAUCCUUCUAACAUCAUGAUUUUAAGAUAUAUACUACUUAAAAUGGAUUUCUCUGAUAUGAAUAUUGAUGCUGCCUUGCGAAAAUUUUUGAGUCAUUUUCAUAUAUCCGGAGAAGCCCAAAUAAUCGAAAAAAUUAUGGAAAUGUUCAGUCAGCGCUACAAAGAUUGCAACCAAAAUUUUAUGUCAAAACUAAAAUCACAAGAUACGCUAUUUAUAUUAGCAUUUGCAACAAUUAUGUUGAAUACUGAUCUCCAUAACUAUAGUAUGAAAUCUCAAAAAAGAAUGAAAAUGAAUGAAUUUGUAAAAAAUCUUAAAGGUUUAGAUAACGGUUAUGAUAUUUCGAAGGAAAUACUUGUGGGAAUAUUUGAGAGAAUUAAAAAAGAAGAAUUAAAAUCAGAUCCUGACCACGUCACCCAAGUUUUUCGUUUAGAACAAGCUAUUGUUGGAAAAAAACCAGUAUUAGCUUUACCAUUUCGUCGUUUAGUUUGUUAUUGUCGGCUUUACGAAAUAGGCGAUUUCGCUAAAAAAGAAAAAUUAGGAACUCAUCAGCGCGAAGUAUUUCUCUUUAAUGAUUUAUUAGUUAUCUGCAAAUUAUUAACCGAAAAUAAAUUGAAUAAAUCUAUAAGAGGUUCGGAACCAUCUUUAAUUAAAGACAAAAAUGAUAAUAAUAAUUUUAAGAGAAGCUUUAAUCAAGGGCGGUUUACUAAAUCAUCAUUAAAUAUUACUCCAAGAAUGCCUCAAUAUAAUAAUCAAUUUUCAAAUGAUAAUAACUAUAAUGUAAAUUGCUCGCUUAGAAAAACCUCAGAAAUUUUCUAUAACUCAACGACCUAUAAAUUUCGCAAAGCAUUGAACUUAGUCGGAAUGACUGUUGAAACAUGCCAAAAUCAAUAUUAUAAAUAUCUAAUAAGAAUAAACAAUAAUAAUCAAAUUAUUAACCUAAAUGCAAAAUCAGAACAUGACCGUACAAAAUUUGUGGAAGAUUUAAAAGAAUCAAUAGCCGAAAAUGAAGAAAUGAAGACUUUUGCAGAUGAAAUAAUCAAAAUAAAUUGUUUUGAGGAAUCAAAUUAUAAAAACCAUUCACAUUUCAAGCAUUCAAAUAUAAGCAAAUCUAGAAGAAUUGGUGAACAAACCGAUAACAUAAAUGAAAACAUAUUAGAUUUCAAGGAAGAUAUGGCAUAUAUUAGUGAGCAAAAUAGUCGCGAUUCUGGUGUUAUCGUGGAAUUACACCAGGGAAAUUUUUCCUUUGUCGAUUUUAGGUGAAUUAUUUAUAAAAUAACAUUUAAGGCCUUAUUUAUCACUAUCAUUCUUUAUUUCAAUCAAUUUGAAAAAUCGUUUUUGUUACAUUAUUAAAGUAAAAUGUCUUGAUUUGCUCAAAUGGUUUUUUUAAAAAAAGCAAUAUUAUCAAUAUUACCAUUUUUUGUAAUAAUUUAUUGUAGUUUUAAAAUAAUAAAAUUUUAAAAUAUUCUUGAACA